UGCCAGCGCAGGGAGUGCAUUUGUGUUGCCACUUGUGACCGUUGCCUUGAAUUUCGACACCCGCGUCUUCAAAACAAGAGACAUGGCAUCCGCAGCAGCCACUGAUAGGUCCGUCGUGGCCCCGCCGCCACGACCAUCGCCGCAUCCACCACCGAACUCGGCCGCGGUACCCACAGGGGCGCCGCCCGUGGUCCCGGCGUACGUGCCCCCAGCGGAGGACUACGAGGACGACGAGGACGAGGUCGAGGAGGUCAUGAAGCCCAACAGGGCCUCGGCUAAGGGCACCACCGGAUUCAGCCUGGGCAUUAUCCUCUUCGUGGCACUGGUCGUGACCCUACUGUCCGCGGCGGUAAGCUUCUACGUUUUCGGCCAGGGCAAGAAAUCGGUGGCGCAGACUGCCCCCUUGCGCGACUCCACCUUGCGCGACUCCAACUAUUUGACACCGGCGCCGCCCCCAGCGGUGCACUACACGAACGCGACGCAGCAGACGGCUGGGCCCGACGCGCGCACCCUGGACGUCGACGCGGAAACGAGCGCCGACGAGGAGCCGUCCACGGACACCGCGUGACGCGUUGGCUGUGGCCCGACGCGAGGGGCAUCAGCCCUUUCGUUGUUCUUCUUUCGAUUCUGUCUGCUCGACUGAAGGAAUAUCAGUAAUAAAUGGCAUCGGUGUUGAAA